AUGUAUAACCGAAAACAGUUCGUCAGGAUGCCCCUGCGGGACACAUAUAAAGUACAGCUCAAACGGGUGAAGGAUGGGAUAGAUAGAGAGCGCGUGAAGAUUCCUAAAGCGCCACCAAAAGAAGGUUAUAAGCCGUUUAUAUGGAAUAGCUUGGAAGGCUACUAUGACACGUCCGUACCAGAGUAUGUUAUCAACUGCCCAAAAGAAGAUAUGCAGCCUCAGGUCCCCUACAGCUGGGUAGACAAAGACUUUGACGACUCUCUAAUUGAUGUUUCGACAAGGAAAACUACGCUCAGGCUGGUGGAUCCUUUAGAGGAUUUCAACAUGGCCAAGGAAAUUCUGCCCAAACUACGUGACAGUCGUCCGUCCACAAAGAAUUCUAACUUCCGGUCAAGCCAGCGGGGGAGCAGACCACCUACUAAUGAUUCGGCCGAUAGACAGAGGAUUUGGGAAAACAUGAAUUUGAGAUUGCCGAAGGUGUCUCCGGAAAGAGGAAGAGAUGGUGGCCGUCCCGCACUAAACGGUGACGAGGAAAACCAAGGUCAAAGCCGACGACCACAGUCAUACAGUCAAUUAACAGAAGAAAAUGUAAACGAGGCAAAUGUACAGCACGAGGGCAAGAAAGAUCCCGAGACAAAGGUGAAACUUCCGAGAAAUCUGUCUGCUAAUUCAAAAAGACGAGAGCGAAGUCCAUACCGAACGGCCUAUAACGAGGCUGCACUUCGGACGUCCAUCACACAACAUCAAAGCAGGCAUGCGCAUCGACAGAAGUCGUCAAGGACAAGUACAUCAAGGGGGAGCUAUUCUCCAGAGAGAGGGAGAAUUCUUCUACCGGAAAUUCAUAAAGUGGAAUUUGAUGUCGUUAACGAUAAUGCUACAAAGGAAUUUCCAUAUAGUGGAGUUCCCCGUUUCAGAGAGAAAAUGCAUCGACAAUAUGAUAUAGACUCUCCGAAACGAGUAGACGAAGAUUACAAGAAAACAAAGAAGGAUUUCUACUUAAUGAAACUACACAAAUUAUCGGAAGUGCAUCCAUCAAACAGAUCGGGUAUGCGCAAAGCAUAUUUUGCAUACCUUCAGAAUAACCCCGGAUCGAAAAAAGCCGUUAAAGAUUGCGUGGAAAAGCUUGUUUCAGAUGAACCUCAGUUACAAAAUACCUCUCCUAGAACAUCAUCUACCUCACCUGUAAGGACAGGUGCAAACUAG